AUGAUAGAUGUUCAUUGCCAUUUGGCUGAUAAUAAGUUCAAAGAUGAUAUUGAUGAUGUUAUAAAACGAGCAAUUGAUUCUGGAGUUACGAAAAUGAUAGCUGUUGCUGAAUUUGGAUCGCAAUUUGAGAAUGUUUUGAAUUUGUCAAAGAAAUACGAAAAAGUGGUUUAUGCUGGAAUUGGAGUUCAUCCAAUACAGGUUGGUUUUUUUAUUAUUAAAAAAAUACGUGAACUGUAACGUGGAAAUUUAGAACAUUCAUUUUUUAUUAUUUAUUUUGUCCGUAAUGUAUUAAUUUUUCCAGAAACGAAACAAAUGUGUUCAACGAAAACAUUUAGCCGAAGUCGAAACUUUUUUGUCAAGAUAUCAACAGAAAAAUGUAAUUUGUGUUGGAGAAAUUGGAUUGGAUCACACUUUUCAACAAUUCAAAUUGAGUGAGCAAGAUUUGCAUGUUCAAGAAGAAGUUUUUAUCGCACAAAUUCGUUUAGCGAAACAAUUUAAUUUACCAAUGUAAGUUUUCAUUUUUCUUUAUUCCAAAAUUUAUAUUUGUUCAGGAAUAUUCAUUCUCGAAGCGCUGCUCGAAGAACAUUAGAAGUUUUGAAGUCAGAACAAAUCAAUAGCAAUUCAGUUGUUCUUCAUGCUUUCGAUGGAAAUAUUGAAGAUGUUUCAUUUGGUCUUCAACUUGGUUGUUAUUUUUCAAUUCCUCCAUCGUUUCAAAAUUCUGAAAAGGUAUUUUUCAACACAUUUUUCUUCAAACUAUUUUUCAUAUCCUUUUUGCAGGCUUUGAAAAUGAUUGACGCAAUUCCAUUAUGCAACCUAUUAUUAGAGACAGAUUCGCCAGCUCUUAGUCCAUUAAAAGGACAACGAAAUGAGCCAAAUAAUAUAGGUUUAUGUGCACGGAUUAUUGGAGAAGUGAAACGAGUUGAACAACAAAAUGUGGUCAAUGUGACAUCUGAGAAUGCACACAAAAUAUUUAAUUUUAUGUAA